UCCUCUCUCCUGUCUCCGCCUCCCUACCUCUUUCUCUCUCCAUAAAACCCCAUUUCUCGUUCAAACCUCUGACGACAGAACCCACGUAAAACAUGUCGGACUACUCGGUCUCUUUUCCAUCUUGCUUCCGCCCCAGCAACGCCACCAUCUCCGACGACCACCCACCAGAACCACCGCCGCCGCCGCCACCGCCACCACCCACUUCCGGCAACGCCAAUCUGACAACAUGCCUCUACUACACUAAUCUAGGCGUCUUCGCCCUCACCUGGUGCCGCUACGUCAUUGGUCGAGCUCUCCAGAUCGACCUCCGCUUCGAUGACCAAGAAGAAGAGGAUCUCUUUCCCACCUUCCGCCUCCACAUCAAGCCAUUUUUCUUCUGGAGAAAAUACGGCUCAAAGAAACUCCACCUUAACAACCCAGCAAAGAAGAAGGUCGAAAUCUACUGGGAUCUAACCAGAGCCAAGUUCAUCUCCUCCAGCCCCGAACCCCAAUCUGGGUUCUAUGUCGCCGUCGUCGUCGACGGCGAGACGACCCUUCUUGUUGGUGAUUUGCAGAGGGCAGCUUACGACAGAACCAAAACACGAAGGCCCAAGAGGAGAAACCAGGUUUUAAUUUCGAGGAGAGAACAUGUUUUUGGCAACAAGGUCUACACAACGAGGGCUAGAUUCGGGGGUAGGACAAGAGACAUCUCGAUUGACUGCAGCGUGGGUGGUGAUGAGCCCAGGCUUUGUUUCGGUGUCGAUAAAAAGAGGGUUUUGCUGAUUAAGCGAUUGAAGUGGAAGUUCAGAGGGAACGAGAGGAUUGAAGUGGAUGGGAUCCCGAUUCAGGUGUCGUGGGACGUCUAUAACUGGUUAUUCGAUGGAGGCGUCGAAGAUGGGCACGCCGUUUUCAUGUUCAAGUUCGAGAAGUCGGAGUUCGAAGAAGAAGAAGAAGCAGCAGCAGCAGAAAAUGGGAUGGAAGAUUUGAAUGAGAAGACCGGAGGAAUGGUCGUUUGGAAGCCACAGCAGUCUCCGGUCAGUGGCGGAAUGGGAAUGAGUGGGUUCGAGUGGAAGAGAAUAAACAGAGGCUUUCUGAAAACGACGAGGAGCUCGUCAUCGUCUUCAAUGUCGUCGGCGUCAUCCGGAUGCAGUUCAUCGGUGAUGGAAUGGGCAAGCACCAUGGAUGAGAGCGAGUUACAAAGCCCAUCUGGGUUUUGUUUACUCGUUUACGCCUGGAGGAGUUGAAGAUGGAUUGGUCAUCAGAUCUCUCUCCUGGGUUCUCUUCCGGUAUUAUUUUAGAUUCGUAGUUUCAUUACUAACCCCAUUUGUUCAUGAACAUAUUCCAGAAUAAAAAUCAAUCAAUCAGCAUAGCCAGACAGAAGAAAGAUGACAGACUAGACUUUGGUGGGUUGAUCUAAAACUAGUCUUUCCUCUGUAUUUCUUCCUCUUUUUUUGUAGAUUUUGUUGUGAUUACUAGUUGAGCUUGGUGGGUUUGGAUUAACUGUUUUUGUAAGAAAAGCUAACCCUCAAAUUGCUGAAAAAAAAAAUUGAAUUUUGUUCUUCUUCCUCUCGUUGUUGUAUACAUGUAAUCCUCUGUUCUACUGUAAAUCUGAAGAGCUGUAGCUGUA